UAAAUGAGAUUCAAGAUGGCGGCCGGCGUCUACGUGUUUUUUGUGUCGUCUGUAGUUUGUUUGCUUUUCUGUUUAUCCUUUGCAGAAUUAUACAGCGAAGAAGACGCAGUAGUACGACUUGACGCUGUCUCACUAAACAGAACUAUUUACAACGUGCCGAAUGUGUUUUUAGUGGAGUUUUAUUCCAGUUGGUGUGGCCACUGUGUCAACUUCGCUCCCACUUGGAAAGCUCUGGCCAGAGACACACAAGACUGGGCGGAGGUUAUCCAGCUGGCAGCUAUCGACUGUGCUGACAGUAAAAACCUGCCAACAUGCCGACAAUAUGACAUCAAGGGAUAUCCUACCAUCAAGGUGUUCCAGCCUUUCACACAGAACACAAGCGACAUUGGAAAGCCUCUCAAAGUUGGUAGAGCAUCAGACAAGUUGGUCCAUGCCAUGGUGGAUGUGAUAGAGCAGCACUCUCUCCUGAACAAGCCUCAGCACUGGCCAAACCUCCAGCCUGCACACUCAAGCGAGGUGUCCGAGUUUUUCCAGACGUGGAAAAAUGUGGAAUAUCUUGCACUGCUGUUUGAAGCCAACGACUCUUACGUAGGAAAACAGGUGAUUCUUGAUAUGGCAAAACAUGAUAACAUCAUGGUCAGGCGUGUCCUGAAAAAUGAGGAAAUGCUGAUGAAAAAGUUAGCUGUGGAAGUUGUCCCUUCCCUGUACGUGCUCUACAGGAAUGGGUCUGCAAUACAACUUGCCAGGGGAGGAGAGACAAGGUUUGACUUCAGACUGGCACUGAAGAAGCUUCCACACCUGGACAGGUCACAGAGACAUGGGGAGCAGCUCUUACUGCAGCCCUCAGCACCAACACUGGAGAAAACUACCGCUCCAAGAACACCCAGCAUGGACAAUUUCAACAGGUCUGCAGUCCACAUGACAGACCUGUUGUCUGCCCUGACCUACUCCUUUAAGCAGGAGAUAGCAGGACGACAGGAGCUGGAAGGGCAGACUUUACAGGCAGUCCAGGACUUUGUUAAAGUCCUCGCCAAGUACUUCCCAGGGCCACCAGGGGUCUCUGCUUUCCUGCACAACAUCAACAGAAGGCUGAACCCAAGAAAGACCAAGAUGACAUACCAAGAGUGGGCACAGCUGUUAGAUGAACAGGAGGAUGCCAGUGCCCUGCCCCAGGAGGUGAGAUGGGUGGGGUGUCAGGGUAGCCAGCCCCACGGGAGGGGAUACUCCUGCUCACUGUGGCUGCUGUUCCACACUCUGACUGUGCAACAGGCAGCGGAGCCAGAUCCUACCCAGAAUUCCCAGAGCGUGCUGCUGGCCAUGCGUGCUUACAUCACCACCAUGUUCGGGUGCCAGGAAUGCGGAAAGAACUUCCAGAAAGAAGCUGUUACCAUGGAAACUGAUGUCGCCACCCCAGAUGAAGCAGUCCUGUGGCUGUGGAGAACACACAACCGUGUCAACAAGAGGCUACACGGGGACCUGAGUGAGGAUCCACAGUUUCCCAAGGUGCAGUUUCCUCCUCCAUGGCUCUGUCCAUCAUGUCAUCUGGCACAGGGACCUGAAACAGAACCUGUCUGGGAUGAAGGUCAAGUGUUGCAGUUCCUUAAAAGACAUUACGGCUCAGCAAACUUCAUACAUGACAACCCUAGCCUUCAGAGUAAAGACCAAGGCCCCCACUUCCACGUCCAACCAACCAUGGUACGACGGUCGGACCCUCGACAACCUCACAAGCAAACAUCCCAGCAAGAGCUGGUGGGAGUCCAUGUGAAAGAUUUGCAAGGAAGGCUGCAGAGAAGGCACGAUCCGAAUUUCGGCAUUAAAGUAGAAAAACUACCAGGAAAUGAAAACAGGGCGAACCCGUCGGGUUGGGGUUUCUCUAACCUGGACAUCAGCAUGUGUGUGAUGCUGUAUGUUCUGUCCUCAGGACUAGUCGUGGGCCUGUAUGUCAUGUUCAUUGUCAAAAGACGUCGCAGAAGAAGAACACCACCGGUAUAAAAAGGUUAAAGAAAUCACUAGUCCAGCUCCUGCAGUCAAACCUCGAAGCUGCUCCAAGCCAGAAGAUGAUUCUAUGGUGCUUCUUUGUAACGUCUGCAGCAUGGUUCUCUUGUUGCAAAAAGAGUAUUCGAUUAUUAACACAGUACGAAGUCAGAAAACCUGUAUAAUACUUCUCCUCUCACACUCACAAUGUCCAUUUUACCAAAUUUUUAUGGUUAUAGUAAUAUAUGAAAUCAGAAAGCCUCUACAAUACUGUAAAUGCAUUUAAGUUCGCGGGGAUUUAAUUUCGCGGUAGCAGGAAAAAGGACUUUUCGCGGUGGUUUUAAGUUCGCAGUAACACCAUAGACUGCAGUCUAAUACCAUAAUAGAAACAUUAAUCCACCGCGAACAUUUCUGCAUUUACAGUAGUUCUUGUCUCACACAAGAAAUGUUCAAUUUACCAAAUUUUCAUGGUUAUACCUAUAGUAGAUGAACUUUUUCUGACUUUGGAGAUUAAAGAUAACAGUCAGGUCAUUAUUUAAACGUAGCCAAAGAGCUGACAUGGCCACAUGUGUAGUUUCAGAAACAUUCAUAAAGUCUGCUAUGUCACGUGUUGUUAGAAGGCCAUGCUUAACUAAUUUUAGGGACACAGCAGUGCAAUGGUUUAGAGUAGCCGCAGUGUGAAAGCCUGUGUCACACAGGUGGUCACCAAAUUUGAAAAUUGCCACAGAAUUCAGCGUGUCUUUUGCCUGAAAACAACAAUUAUGUCGGACUGGACUCAACUUGGGUGGUAUUUCUAGAGUCAGCCAUAUUAGUGCCAAAAAUGUCCUUUUCGAGCUCACUGACUCAUCAGGCUAGUUGUUCUCAUGUGUGACCCUGUAUUUUAGAAACUGACAUGAUAGUUCUAAAUGCUCCAUAAUAUUUAAUACUCUACCAUUCCACAAAUCACAUGACCCUUUCAAUAUGUUGUCCUACCAUUGUUUUGCAAUAUAGACAGCGCCGUUUUCUUCUACCUGCAAAAUGUAGUCUGAAAAUUGGGCAAUAUGAUCAUUUGCCUGCUUUUUUCAGAAAGUACAACUUAAUUGCAUUUGGGCAUUUCUGUCACCUAAUCAUUUGCCAACUUAAUGGGCACUCAAAGAGACAUACUUAUAGUACUCUUAUUGACGUCACGUAAAAAUAUUUUGCUGAAUAUUUAUAUAGCAAAAGUUCAACUUUCCUUUAAGUAUAAAAUGUGUUAAAGUUUAAAUAGAAAGUGUGUAGUGCCUGUAAGGUGCUAUAGGAAAAGGCUGACUUAAGUUGUUGACUAGAACAUUCAUUUAUUUUCAGUGUGUUACUGUUAGGACUGGUAUGAAGAAAUUCAUCCCUUGGUGCUUCUGUCACCUUGGCAUUAGAAAACAACAGUUCCUGAUUACUACAUGUUCCUGAUUACUACAUGUAGCCUUAUGUUCAAAUUCAUCCUAUUCCAAAAUAUGCCAUCUCUGUCUAGAUGUAUUUUAAUUUCUGUCUAGGUGUCCUGGCAAAAAGUUAAAAGUUUUAAGCUUAUGAGAAUUUUAAUGAUAGGUUUUGUUUAUAAGUUCCGUGGUUUCGAGUGUAGUCACAUGAGCGUGUAUGUCAAGUCAGUAUGAGGUCCGUAUGACAUUUUUUCAUACACUUUUGUGCGCACAAUACUUAUUGGUACCUUAUAUGCGUCUCAAUCAUUUUGUGCCAGUUUUGGAUACUAGGCUGUACUGUGCGUACGUCUGUUUACCUACAAAUAUAGAACAAUUGAGAUACGUAUAAGUUAUGUAUAAGAUGUGUAUUGUGUGUACGACUUUGCAUGACAAAAAUGUCCCCCCAACAUACAUCAUGCAGACUUGACAUACACACUUGUGUGACUAUACCAUAAGAUUGCAGGUAGACCUGUGAUUGUACUAAGCUGAUAAUGUUAUUCCAGAGAAGCUUACAUUUUCAUUAAAGGUUUUAUGACAGGAUUUAUCUAGGAGGAAUAGACAAAUGAAAAGAAGAUAAUGAUAAAGAACAGUUACUCUAAAUUAUGUUCAUGAGACUAAUGAGAUUUUUGCUGCUAUUAAUAUGUAUAGAAACACAAUCAUUCUAUUGGAAGACGUUGUGAGGAAAAUUCAAUGCCUCUAAAAUAUAUGCAGUUACAGAGUAUAAAUAGCAUUUAGCAGUACACAUAGUAAUGGUUAAGAAAAUUGCCAGAUUUAUCAAUUUUUCUAGAAAGAAAUUAGGUAUCAUCUAACAAAUAAGUCUGACAAGUUCAGAUGGAGAAGGAAGAGAUUAUGAAGAGUUGAAAUCCAGAAAAUGUAGGAUCACACUUUUAGUUGUGAUCAUACAGUCAGAAAUAGUUCAAAAUACAGAGUUUUCAAAUAUUGA